AUGAAGGGCCCUCCGCUGCCCCACGUUCGUGACUGGCUGGGCGCGCAGUCACUUUAUUUAUUUGGGGUUUGGGCAACUAUCGUCGGCAUUCAGUCAGGAUCCAGCCAGUCCGUUAUCAGAACCCUUAACGUCCGCGACUCGUCCGCGAUCGGCACCCCGACCGCCACAACCGUCGGGAGCGAGGGCGCCCGCAUGCUGGUCCGUGCGGGGCGACGCGUCAGUCGCGAGAGCGGCGGGGUGAUCCGUCCCUGGCUCGCGCCCUGGUUCUCCGCCUCCGACUCGGUUCGCAGCGGCGGCGGCGCCCGCGUCGAUGCCGCCGGCGCUGCAGGAUCCAUUCGCCCCGGGGCGGGCGACGGCUUCCUCGGCGGGCCCACGACCGGGACCAUCGCGGGCCCGAUCCUGGCGACGAUUUCCCCGAGGUCGUUUUGGAGGAGCGCGUUGGAGGCGCUAGAACGCGCCAUCGAACCCUCGGCGACCCCGACGCCCGGGACGCCAGUCACCGUCUCCGACGAUGCCCAACGUGACGACAGCCACGAUGCGACGGACGCGGUGUCGGCGGACGCCUCGGACGAUUUCCUCGCUCAUUUGCCCAAUCGCAAAAGUCGGUACGAGUCAGAUGCGCGGUGGCCGAGACCACUGUCGGCGCACCCCAAGGUUGAAGAACUGCUCAAGCGCAAGGGCCUCUUCGCCAAACGUACCGGCUCCGGCGCCAUCUCGAGCUGGUGGCCGAAACGAAUCAUCAAGGCUCUCAGACGGUGCGGAGAGGACCGCAGUCAGGCCGACCGAUGGAACAGGGACGACGUGUUGUGGCUGCUGCGGAACGCCAAGGGCCAUCCGCGCCUGUCGUCGAGGGAAGAGACGGAAAAGUGCUGGAAGGACAAGAGCACGGUGCACGAGUACAUCGCGAUGCUGUCACUGUUUGCCGGGCGCGGGUCGCCCCUCGCGCUCGCGAAGAGCAUGGGAUCCGAUGAAGUGAUGGAAGCGGUGAGGCAGGUGCCGCUGGGUUGGACCGGCCUCGCGUUCAGAGAUCGCAGCGGCCACGGCCCGGAGCGAGUGCCGUUUGGUCCCAAGGAAUUGUCCACGGAAAGAUGGCGCAAGUAUGAAAAAGAUGGCACAAGAGAGAUGGAGGAGCCGACGCACCGCCCGGUGUUGACCGAGCGCCUGAGCUACGCCUCGCGUUUUCGGAAAAAUAGGAAGGUCGACAUCAACGAGGCGACGGGCGACAACCUGAGGGCGUACAGGUUCAGGUGGUGGGACGCCACCCACUUGGUGGCGAUCACGCGGCUGUGGGGAACCAUUUCCAGGAAACACGACUUCAUCCCCGCGCCGCAGGCGGCGGUCCUAGGCUCGUACACCCACUUGGCCCUCGCGGCUGACGCCGCAGUGGCUCUGUCGCGCCACAUCGAGAUCGACGACGGGAUUGACGACGACGGGACUCGGUUCGUCUCGGAUGAAAAGACGAACCCGCCUCAGACGGUAUUCAUCAGGAAGCUCUCUGAGCCGUUUGACCAGUACACCAACCGAGGCACCCAAGAUGGCGUGGUCAAGCUGAUUCAGUACGGCGUCAGGGGGUGGCUCGACAUGGCCACGCUGUGGGGUCCGGAAGAACCCUGGCCCAACGGGUUCGGCGUUGACCAUACGCGAUCUGGAGCCCCGGGCGCUGACGCCGCGUCGAGGCAAACCUUCCACGCGAUGGUCCCGCCCGUGGAGCUGGCGGCGAUGACAAACGCGUUCAUUCAUUUCGCGGGCCUCGACCCAAAACUGGACAAGGAUCAGCUGUCGACGUGGGCGCGGCUCAACUCCCUCUGGUCGCGGUGCACCCGAGCCUCGGGCACCAACUGGUACUACGCCAACCUCUGGUACCCUGGAGGCCAAGGGAAGCAGCAUUAUCCCGGCACGCAUCUUACACGGAACGUGGGCAUUGACAAAAGAAAAGGCCCCGUGGACGUCUGGGACGCUUGCGCCGUGACGGCGCACCCGUCGGGUAAGCAAGUCACUGUGCGAAAGUCUCGAACGCUCGAGGCGCUGCUGGGCGUCACCCGCGAGACGGCAACCGCGUGGCAGGCGACCGAUAUCCUCUGUGGGGCUGCCGACGCGUACUGCUUCGCGUACUUUGGCGGUUACACUUAUCCCGCGCCGAUGAGUGCGCUUGCAUCGCACGUCUUGGGAGUCGCCGAUCACCUCGGGACUCUCGCGGACGCCGGCGCGCUGAAACCUCCCGAUGCCCUGCGGAGUCUCGUGUCCAUAGCGCAGUUCCAACAAGCGAUGGCGAUGGCCGGCGGGGAAACGUCGGGCGCGGCGGGGACGUGGUUGAAAAUAAUGGACGUGGUCGUCGAGGCUGCAGCGGCGGAUGGCCUGUCACCCACCGAACUCUCCCGCGCGCUGCUCUGCUGGGGAAAGUACCUGGAGGCCCGCGGGGUGGAGAAGGUCGAUGGAACAGUUCCCCUCGAUCCCAUCGCUGACGACGAGGGCGACCUGAGGCGCCUGAACGCACUCGUCGACGCGUUCGCUCGUUCCGUUACGGAAGCCACCCCGGAGGACCUUCACGGCGUGGCGGUUGCGUUGGACCGUUUCAUCGACCGUUACAGCGACAACCCCCACGCCCUGGCGUUCACCGACGGCGGCGACUCCAUCCGCGCGAUCGCCCGGGAGGCGGCGGCGCGGAUCGUCCCGACGAUGGCGAGAGAGGCUACGCGACGGAAGUCUGCGCACGAGUUGGUGAAAACCAUCCACCGCGGGUUUGGUCGCCGGCUCGGCGAGUUGCCCCAGUUUCGCCAGCGACCCUUACCGAUUGAGUUCAAGCACGCGAUGAACCACGCGAGGGACCAGCUGGCGCUCCACGCCGCCGCGACCGCCGACGCGUGCGCGCUGCAGGCUUACGCCCUGAGGUUCCUGGGCGAGGACGCCAGCGGGACCCCGCCGCCCGCGCCCGAGGAGUUUCUCGCUCGGUCCUCGGCGGUGGCGGCCGCGGCGCGGGACGGUCUUCUGCCGACGAUCGUCCUCGCGAGGGCGAUGCGCGCGUGGGCUCGCGUGCGCGCGGCGACGGCGGGCGGGUUGAUCGCGGACGAGGCGGACGUCGCGGCGGUGCACGAGGCUCUGGAGGCGUCGUCGAGCGAGGGUGGUUUGCACGAAGAGACGGUGAGGAUGCUCGAGGAGGCGGAGGCGCUUUUCCGACAGACGAUUGCGAUUGAGACCAACGCUGGCGGAGGCACCGGGGACGAUGUCGAGGACGAGGAUCCCGAGGUCGAGGUCGAGGUUGACGAGGAGCAGGACGAGGAGCAGGACGAGGAUCACGACGCAAACCCAGAUCUAUCAGACGACGCCGCUAUCGAAUUUGAAGCGGUUAAGGAUGAUUGGCUCGCGAGGCUGCCAAAGACCAAGGCUGCCAAGCUGCUCGAGGCGAUCGACGCCUGCGCGGAUGACCUAGAGGUGAUGGAGGCGGUGGCUGCAUCGGCGGAGGAGGACGCCACCAAGGUGAGAGCCGGCGCGAGGGCGCGGGUCCUGGAGGCGACGGCAAAGCUCCGAGUCGCACGGUCCCUGUUCCGAUAGGUUGGCUACCUUUACAGUUCCUUCUACUCGCUACUCGGUCUUGGUCUUCAAUAAUAGCUGCCGUAGUCGAGGCCCUUGACGCGGUCUACCUUCUGCCUCGUCAUCUCCUUCAUCGCCGCGUCCACCGCCUCGUCCUCCUCCUCAGCCUUCUCCCUUAUCGUCCUCGCGUCCCUCGCCAUCUGCGCCAACUGCGCCAGCGAUCUCUCGUUUCUGGCAGACUCGAUUGCCGCCAUCGUCGCCGAGGACUCGCUCAGGUCAAUCUCGAGCACGUCAGCGUCCAUCUCGAGCGCCUUAAGCGCCUGGGAUACCUCGCGGAACCCGUCGAGAACCUUUCUCGAUUCUUCUGCGCGCUUCUUUUCAGCCGCGGACAUCUUCUUGGCCAACUCCGCUUCUCUCCGCGCCAUCCGUUUUUCAGCCUCAACCGCCCUCUGCUCCGCGUCGGAGAGCUCCUUGCGCCUGAGCUGCUUCUCGGAUCCCGACUUGGACGACCGGUCCGAGGGUGCCGAGGGUGCCGUUCCGGCGAACAUGACAGCGCGUUCCCGCGCCGUCCGCGACGUCCACCACCACUCCCCGCCCU